UUUUCCAGGGUGCGCAAUAUAAACAUCAUGUGUAUGGUUUCCUCCAUGGGCUUCCUGGUGGCAUGGACCCCUUAUGCCACACUUGGCUUCCUCUCACUGACACGACUCACAGAGAUAGGAGGACUUUUGUGGCUGUUGGCCAAUGUGUGUGGCAAGACAUGUACCAUCUACAACUCAGCCCUCUUCUAUGCAUCCACUAGACAGCUCGAAAUUCCCCCCAGUGUCAUCCCUUCUGGCCCCCCUGAUAUCCCCACAGUCACUGGAAACCAACUCAACAAACAGAGAGCCGCAAAUGGCCGAACGACAGCAGUUGGAGUGAGGAACUUGGGUAUGACUGUAUCGACCGGCCCUUCUCCCGACAUGCCAUAUAUCAACAGCGCAACCUCUCAAAGAACGGAGCUACAACUCAGUCCACGUCGUGAGGUCGUCGUUGGAGCAUCGCCGGCACGAAGUGACAGAGGGAGCUGUUCGGACCAAGUCUACUCGGGACCUUACAUGACUACAAGCGCAACAACGACACAUCAACAUUGAAGACGCAGAACAUUGAUCUAUCACAGUUCUCCAUUAUACUUAACAACUUGCGCCCAGCUCAAACCCGGCUAAACUGACAAAAUAUCAAUAGACUGAAAGAAAAAUCACCAAACCACAAAUUGUUUCUUCUAUCGACCUUUUUUUUAGACCGGCAGUUCUGACUCUUUAAGCUCUUUCGCAACCUAGAUUUUCACACAUUUUCUAGCUCUCUCAAAAUUAAUGUAAAUUAUCGCCUUAAGAAAACUUUAAGGUUCAAGUAGUCAAAAAAUGUGAAAAUGCAAACAAUUUUGAUGU